AAGGAAUUAAGAUUAUUUUUGAAGGAAUGCUUCACAGAAGUGAAUGCGUUCGAUUGCUCCUUAAGAAGCUCUUUAAAAGGGCACCAAAUAUAGUUCAAAAAUUAAGUUGAAAUAAUCCAGAAAAGUUACACAAAUGUAUAACUAGAAUGGAGAGUCAGAAAAAGCUAUCAAACAAACACUCAAAAACUCUCACUUUUGUUGACUAUUAGCUAUGAACAGCACUGAUAGUACAUGGACACGCAUUCCCAACGCGCGGUAAUGGACGAUGAAAGGUCAGAGUGCCGCGGUGCAUCCAAUCUAAAUACGAAACUGGAUAGUUUGUUAGAUUAUAAACUAGUUCACAACUUCGAUUGGGUCAUUGGUAGUCAUAGUUUACCAAUCUGACUUAAACCAGUGCAUGAUAAUGUCAACAUGUUGGUUAACUUUGACACGUUUAAGUUAUUUUUAAUCAGUAUUUCGAUGUCUCUGAGUCUCUUUGAGCGUCAACUAAGAAAUGCUUUGUUGCUCUUUGUGUUUAAGUAAACGUUGAAAACAUAUGCAAGAGAUUUCGAUUCUGAAUCAUGGCUGUCGAAGGUGUAAUGGUCACAUAUAACUAUUCAGAAGACGGUGAAUACGCGAACAUCCUCACGGUAUCCGCGUCCGGCAUCAGAUUCUCCAAGCGAUGGGUCCUUACACACGGGUCCAUCCUCUCACCACUAAAAGAAGCCAAGAUUAUCAAGAAAGCUAAAGGAAAACCGAUCUUAAGUGACGAGUUCUACGCAAACCUACCGGAGAUGCAUGUGACGUGUGAAAAGAAACAGUCAAUAAAUCCUAAUCUGUAUGAAAGCGUUGAGAAGUUAAGCAGAGAGAGGAAUUCGCAGCACAGCGAUCUGGAUCAUAGUAGUUACUUGAUAAGGGUGCUUACGGGCAGGAUAUGCCACGUAUGGCAGUGCCCGAUCCUGGACCGCUGCGCCGACGACAUCCUGUACAGCUGGACCAUCGGCCACAGAGAUGGGGACAUCGACAGUCAGAUGAAGCUCGGCAACGCUCUGUUCUCUGUCUUCGUACUCAUCGACUUGGAGAGCGAUAAACGAGGCGUUGAGAGUCUCAGGCCGCUCUCUUAUUUGUUGGACGUGGUGAGGGCGCCGACUGGCAGAGGUUCAACACUCGAAGUUCAUUCUACGCCUUUUGGAUGCGAGGUAUUUUUGAACGCAAUAACACGUGGGUCGAUAUGCGGUGUAGUGGGUAAGAGGCCUUCGCUGCUGCUGACUGACGCCGCGACUGCGCUGGGAUCCGAAGGCGGACCAGUCUUCAAUGAAGGACCAACGAAGGAGUUAAUAGGCACAGUGGUCUGCAGCGUGUCGUGGUGUCGAGGCGAGUGGGUGGGGCUGACUCUCGUGGCACCUCUCAUAUCUGUGCUGUCGGCCAAACUGAGGGUAGCGCCACCUCAGCCCGCGAGACCACUUACCACACAUCCGCUGCAAGAUGUAUUAAGUCAGAUAGAUGACUGUACAAUUUUAGUGAGAUGCGGUCACGCGUGGGGAGCGGGCGUGUACCUGGGCGGAGGGUUCGUCGUCACUUGCGCUCAUGUCGUUAAAUCGUAUCAAAGUCACAAGCUAUCAGUAUACUGCCGAGGAGUGAGCGAGACAGCUAUAGUUCGAUAUAAGACGCCAGAUAAGAAAGCUUACGACCUGGCCUUACUGUUCACUAACCCUGAAAGGCUAAGCCACAUGAAACCGGCUAUACUAUCAAAGGUACCUGCUGAAAAAGGUGAGUCAGUGCUAGCAGCAGGCUUCCCAUACUACAACGAGUUCGACCUGACCAACCUGAUCCCCACGAUAACUUCGGGCCACGUGAACACAGUGUCGCCCUCUAUGGUGCAGACCUCCUGCUGCGUACAGUCCGGCUUCAGCGGAGGACCCAUCUUCAGGGUUACAGGAUCAAAUAACCUGGUGGAAGUGAUCGGUAUAAUAGCCAUCAACGUGACGAGUGACGGCGGCGCGUGCUUCCCCUACGUCAACAUGGCGGUGCCCGUCACCGUGUUCAGCGAGCUGUUGGCGCAGUACAUACUCGACAAAGAUGAAUCAAAAUUGACGUCCAUCGAGAACAACAAGGAUAUUAUACAGUCGCAAUGGAGGCUCAUGCCGUACAGAUCAAAAAUUUGAAACACGGUGAUUACAGCACCAACAGCUUCGUGGUGACGGUGCAAUGGGGAUGGUGGUAAAAGAAUUCCUAGUACCUAGUCAGUUAACGUUUACAUGAGUUCUGAAUAAGGUGAAAUGACAAUAGUAUAAUUUAUUGAUAUACAUAUGAAUACAAUACUCGAAGUACAGUGUCCUCGCGGUCGCUCGACUCCUGGUUUAAGGCUCUAGACAGACGGUCCGCAUUUCAACAGCAACCCAACCGCAAAUUGCAUUUCAAGUGCGGAUCAAGUGCAGUUAGAAAGCAGUUGUCUUGACUGCAAUAUUUCUGCGAACCAAAUGUACAGUCCGAUUGCAUUUCAACUGCAGUGGGUGUGUAAUCGGACUGCACGUUUUUUCACGAAAUUGCAUUUGCACAUGCAAUUUGCGGUCGUGUUGCAGUUGAAAUGCGGUCCGUCUGUUUACUUAAUUGAAGAUUCAACAGGUUUAAAUAUAACUGUAAGCUGGUAUGUUGUUUAUUACUAGAUAAAUCUUAUGUAACAGGUCGUUUUUGUACCUACACGAAAUAAACUGUAAUGAAACUUGUCAGAUUGCCGCGGGUCUACUGUAUCUUACUAUCUAAGUAUGUAAUAUAUUGUCGACGUGAUAAUUUUCUUUAUGCAUUCCUUUUAUAAGCAUUAUUUACAAAUGGAACUUUCAAAAAAAUAUGUACCUAAUUUUAACAAAAAGUUUCGUGUGUCAGUGAUUCAACGAAAAUCGCCCAUACUGAAUUUAAAUAAUAUAUAUUUAUACUAUUAUAACAUUCAUAAAAUAAUGAAGACUGAUUGUUUUGGUAACUUCUACCUGAAAAUGCGAACUCGAAGCAGCGCAUAACUGAUAACUAAAUUGUAGUCAUCGUAGAAAUGAGACUGGGCUAAAAUGCGUGUAGUGGUAUCUCGCUUGCACAGUAAAAUCAGUACAGUGGGCUUACCUCUUGAAUUCAUAGUGGUUGCCUUUGUCAAAGUGAGACAACCUUCGAUAUUACCCAGACUGUACUGAUAUCCGAUUGAUAUCAACAACUGUGCAUUACGUGAAUGGGGGUUCGAACCACGCGUGAACCAAGCAUUUUCGUAAACCACAAAUGCUUGCUCUGAGUCUGUGUGUCUUUGUGCAUGUGACUUGAAUAUUUGUUAACCCCUCCGACACAAAGAUGACAAUCCUUAGUGUAUUAGUUAGUUAAAAAAAUACAAGUUAACAGUUUGACAAUGGAAGAUCCGCUGAUUUUAAAGCAAAUAAGAAAACUAUCAAAGUAAUGUGAAUAUUAUUUAUACCAUUGUUAUUAU